CCACCUGGUGCGAUGGGGAGAAGGGUUUGGUUGAGAGGGCGCAGCAAAGGUACAAGUGAGAGGAGAGUGAAGAAAAAAUAAAUCUGCGAUUUAACAAUUUAUUCUUUCGCAAACGGGUUUCAUUCGACGAGAUAUUCCAUUCCCUGAGAAGGAACACAGAAUGGACGGUGGCCACGUCGAUCAAGAUGCAGCAGACAAACAGGCGCCUGUGGACUACGGGGUCCAAAUCCGUUUCAUCGACAACCUCCAGGGCACCCACAAGGUCAAGAAACCCAAGAAGAAUUCGGCCAAGUCGGGAACCUACGGCGUGGUGGUGAGAGUCCAAGGGAUUUCGGGCCAGCCGUUUGUGGUGUUGAAUAACAGCGACGGAGCCCCGACGGCCCCUGGAGCCUCUGGCAGGGCGGAUGGGGGCGUUAAGGAGGCCGUCCGCGAAGGGAACGGCGGCAUUGUACCCGGCGCGCAGACACGGAGAGCGGGCGCCAGAGCAACUGAGUUUGAAAUGCCGGAAAACCCUUACGGAGAAGCCCCCGCGAUCCCGCCACGGCCCCGCGCUGAUUCCCAGUGCACCAGCUCUGACGAGGAGACCGGCUCCAAACGUUACACGCAGGUCCACGACUCGAACGCGUACGCGCCGAACAACAAAAGCCUCCCCCCGUACGCGAGCGACGACGACCGCUCGUCCUUGCCUCGCCGGAAGCCCGGGCACCAGGAGGACCAGCUGAGGAAGUUUAAUUCUUAUGGAUCGUUGCUCAUUUCCGACGACGUGGAGUUCUCCAGGGAAUCCGGGCCGAACUACCAGUAUUUGCCCGGAGAAAGGCCGGGCUACAGGGCCCCAAGUCCUGCUGUUUCAGCCAACGGCGAGAGGUUGGUGAACAAUCUGAAUGGGAGAAGUCGGGGGAGCUUGGAUCACAAGCAUCCGGAAAAGCCGUGGCCUAAUGCCGGAUAUAAUUCCACAAAUUUGCUGCAGCCGGCAGCCAGAGCUUCCUCUGUCACUGAUGUCUCAUUGAAGUCGGUCGAGGCCAGUGAGAUAGACACCAAGCCCCUUUCGUCUGUGGAUUCCCUGAUUAGUAAAUUCGAUGGCAGGGGCGGGCAGCAGAGGGGAAGAACGGCGAGGCAUAACCGGAUCUCGCCCGAAGAACGGCGCCGUUCGCGGAGCCUCGAUAACCGAAAACCGCAGCUGGACCCGAGGAGAGAGGUUGAGGCUAACCAUGGGUAUGAGACCAGUGAUGGCCAGAAGCCUUACCGCUCCAGUGACAUAAUGGAUGUCGGCAGAGACUUCCAAUCUGCCAGGAUCUUGGAGACCAAGCCUGUCGUGGCCACGAAGGAGUCUCUCUCCCCGAUCCAGUUCACGUCUCAGUCUUACGGUUCGGAUAAAGGAUACACCACUGGAAUUCGGAACAAAGACCAAGGGCUCCUUCCGACCUUCAAUGCAUCCAGCCUCCCAAGGAAAUGGAACCAGAACCAAAUGGAAAUUGAACCCAUCGUGGAGAAGGAUCAUAAAGCUGUGGUCUUUGCUGAACAGAAUAUAGAGUUAAAAUGCACCCCCGACCUGUUGAGGGACCAGAAAGCACACUCUCCUGCCAGCGAGGAUCUUACAAAGCAAUUCAUUUUCGGCCUACUAAAGGAAGGGAGUGUUGAAAGUGAUAAUUUCUUGAAGAAGAAAGCGAACCUUGUCUUUGACAAACUGCAAGAUACCAAAUAUACAGAGUUAUCGCCUGAUAUUGGGAGGCUUGCUGCUCAGAAGAAUGAUUUGGAGAAGAAGGUCGCUGGAUUGCAGCAAAAACUGGAAGAACAAUUAACAAAUCGUCAGCGGGUAGGCGCAGCGGAGGAUUCAAACACGAUGCUACUGCAGGACAUGCGUCUGCAGCUGGAGGAGAGCGUUGAGGAGCGGACGCAGUUGCACUCGCUGUACCAGAAGAACAGGAAGGAACUCCAGCAUCAUAUUGAAGAUUCGAUGUCGUUGAAGAUGGAGAAGGAUACGUUGGAAGCGGAGAUGAGAGAUUUACAGGAAGAAGUGUUGAUAUUGCAGAAGGAGCUGAGGAGUGUCCGGAAUUCUGCAGAAGAUGGUGGAGACCAGGAAGUCUUACAAGAGUUGGCAAGGACCAAAGAGGAGCUGGAUAUGGUCGCCACUGCGAAAAAGACCACGGAGGAUAUCCUGCGGCAGAGGGAACGGGAGCUGACUGCCCUGAAGGGGGUUCUGAAAGAAGAAGUCAGCAGCCAUGACAAAGCGAUGGAAGAUCUUACGGCCCAGUAUCAGAAGGAUAUGGAGCAGCUGAGGAAAAAUAUUGAUGAGGUAUCUCGGAAUCAGCAGAAUAUCGAAUCGGAGAAGCAGAAAGUCAACUCGACUGUACGGAACCUGCAACGUCAGCUGCAGGAGAGUACAGAGGAGAGCGGCCAUUGGAAGGAGAUGUUUCAGAAAAACCGCGAGGAGUUGCGCAAUAGCAAGCAAGAGCUGCUGCAGAUAAAGAUGGAGAAGGAGGAAGAUGAUGAAGAACUGCGGGAUAUGCGCGAUCGUUACUCCGCGCUGCAGAGCGAGGUGGACCACGUGAAGCAGACCUCGGCCGAUAUGGCUGGCAUGGAAGCGCUCAAAAAAGACCUGGCCAAAACCAAGAAGGACCUGCAGGACCUGACGGCUGUCCAUGAACUCCAAGAGGCACUGAUGCAACGAAAAGAGAAGGAAUGGUCUUCACAGAAGGAGACGUUAACUGAAAAGACUGCAGACCAUGGCAAAGUGCUGGAGGAAUUGAAGAAAAGCCAUCACAAAGAGAUGGAGACACUUCGGAAGAGCUGUGACCUCAUAGCGGUGGAGAAACAAAGCCUAGAAACUGCAAAGGGGGCUACGGAACAGGCAAAGAAAGCAGCGGAUUCUACCCUGAAACAACUGAGGGAGGACAAUGAGGACCUGAAGAGGAAGGUUUCGCUGAUGGACUUCCAACUGGGAGAAUGCCGGGAUAUGCUGGAGGAAUUUCAGGGCACCGAGUCCAGGCUGAAAGACAAAAUAGCCAGGCUUGAGAUGGAGCGAAAACAGAUGGAAGAGUCUCUGGGAGAAGCCACUGACCAAGAGCAGGAAGUUGCCGUGGCAAAGAGGGUGCUGGAAAACCGUCUGGAAGAAACUCAGCGGAACCUGAGCAGGGUUACACAAGACCACCAAGAGUUGAACGUGCGUUUGCAGGAUGAGAUGAGGCAGAAAGACCAACUGAAGAAGGCCAAGACUGAACUGGAAGAACAAAAGAGAGCUCUGGAUAAAACGGCCGAAAAGCUCCAGAAAGAGGUGGAGGCCAUCACCGAGCAGUCGGGAAGCUCGGUAGUUUCUCUGCAAUCCCAGCUGGAGGAUCAUCGGGAUAAGUCCCGUCGCGAGUUGCUGGAACACCAGCGACAAGGAAAGGAGAAAACCCUGGAGCUGGAAAAGGCAAACAUGACCGUCAAGAGACUACAAGAAGAGAUUGGCCAUAUCAAGCAGGAUCUGCAACAGCGCAACAGCGAGAAGGAGAAUGCGCUUCUGGACAAGGAUGCGCUGGGGCAGAGAGUGCAGAGCUUGGAACGAGAAAUGGAUGCCAAGAAAAGGACCCAAGACGACAAGUCCCGGCUGGCCAAAGUCCUCGAGGAUAAAGUAAAGCGUCUGGAACUGGAGCUGGAGGAAGAGAAGAGUAGCGUUGAUCUUGCCGCAGAGAGGAUCAAUCGGAGUAGAGAACAGAUUGAGCAACUGAGGGGCGAGCUGAUGCAAGAAAGGGCCGCCCGGCAAGACCUCGAAUGUGAUAAGAUUUCUCUGGAGAGGCAGAAUAAAGAUCUCAAGGCCAGGUUGGCAAACUCUGAAGGAAGUCUGAAGCCGACUGCUAACUUGCCUCAGCUCGAAUCUCGAAUUAGAGAGCUGGAGGAUCGUUUGCAGUCAGAGGAAAGGGAGCGGAGCAUUCUGCAGGCAUCUAACCGCAAACUGGAACGGAAGGUGAAGGAGCUGACCAUCCAACUUGACGAUGAGAGGCAGAACGUAACCGAUGAGAAGGACCAGCUGACUCUACGAGUGAAGGCCUUGAAGAGGCAGGUGGAUGAAGCUGAGGAGGAGAUCGAGAGGCUGGAGACGGCUCGGAAGAAGAGUCUGCGGGAGCUGGAGGAAGUCCAGGAGGUCAACGAGCAACUGCAGAAUCGCAUCAAGACUUUGGAAAAGGACGUCUGGCGCAAGAACGCCCGCUCCAACGUGGGCCUGGGCGGCGAGGACGACCUGAGCUCGGACGAUGACUAUGACCACACGUUGAACCCGUCCUCCAUCACCUCGCUGAUCAGCGAGAGCAAACUACAAACCAGCUCCUGCUAGACGCAGCGGUUCCCCCCGGGUCUUUCCCACUCUCUCUCUCCCCGCCACUCGUGGGCACGAAAAGGAAUGAAACGGUGCAACAACAACCUGCCCUGCUAAUUGAUCCCUGUACAACAACAAGAACAAGAUCAAUAUCGGUGUAGAAAAACACUCAGUGGCUCCCAAGUGAUCUGUAUAUGUGUAGCUUGCACUGGGCCUUUUUAAAAAUUGAUUUUAAUUACAAUUAAAGUAAUAUAUUUCCGUACAUCUGGCCAAACUCUUGGGCAAAUCCCCUCAGCGGGCACAGCGGUGGUGGCACAGCGGUAGAGUUGCCGCCUUACAGCGCCAGAGACCCGG